AUGGGAAUAAUAACCCAAAUUAAACUCCACAAAUUAAGUGCAAUUACUUUAAUAUGUGUAAGUUUCCUCUUUAUUUUAAAAAAAAAUGAAGGAGUUAAAAUUUUACAAGAUACUAAAUCUAUUUCUCCAUUGAAUACAAAUUGGAUAAUGAAAAAAGGAUGUAACAUUGCACUAUUUCCUUGUAAAAAAAAAAAAUUUUUCAUAGACUUACAAAAUUACAAAAUAUUUUUCCCUACAAAUGGUAGUAUAAAGUAUAGUGAAAAAAUAAAAUCCAAAUUAAAUGCUAAAUCAGAAAAUAAUGAUACACCUAAAAUGGAAAUAAUGCCAAACGAAUAUGAUGUUGCAAUAUUAGGAUGUGGUGUUGGUGGUCAUGCAGCUGCUAUAAAUGCAAUGGAGAGAAAUUUAAAAGUUGUUAUGUUUGCAGGAGACGAAGAAUCUUUAGGAGGUACUUGUGUUAAUGUUGGUUGUAUUCCAAGUAAGUCCUUACUAUAUGCAACAAAUAAAUAUAGAGAAUUAAAAAAUAUGAGUAAAUUAUGUAGCUAUGGCAUAUAUAGUAAUGCUUAUAUAGAUAAAGAAAAAGAUCAAGUAAAAAGCACACAAUUAAUAGCAGAUAGUAUAUGUAUUAAUACAGACAAAUUAAAAGAAUAUACACAAAAUGUUAUUAAAAAAUUAAAAAAUGGAAUAACACAUGGUAUGAAAAAUACAAAAUUUACUCGAAAUUCUCAAUCUGUUCAGGUAGUUUAUGAUCAUGGCUAUAUUAUUGAUAAACAUACUAUACAAAGUAAAAAAAAUAAACAAAUAUAUAAAACAAAAAAUAUUAUAUUAGCAACUGGAUCAACUCCAAAUGUACCACAAAAUAUUCAAGUCGAUCAAAAAACGGUAUUUACUAGUGAUCAAGCAGUAAAUCUACAAGGUCUUAAAAAUUAUAUUUCUAUAAUUGGUAUGGGUAUAAUAGGAUUAGAAUUUUCAGACAUAUAUACAGCAUUAGGAUCUGAAGUUACAUUUUUUGAAUACUCCUCUCAAUUUCUUCCUUUUGUUGAUACAGAUGUUGCUAAAUAUUUUGAAAAUGCCUUUUUAAAAAAUAAACCUAUUAAUUAUUUCCUAAACACAGAAAUCAAGUAUGUCUAUCCAGCUUCGACCAACAAACCUGUUGUCAUUGGUUAUUCGUCCCGACCUAAAACUGAUUCUGCUUCAGAAAAUUAUACUACUGAAACAGAUACAGAACCUGUUAAGGAACUUCAUGUAGACAGUUGCCUAAUCGCUACUGGUAGAAAACCAAAUACUGAAAAUAUCGGCCUUGAAAAUUUAAACGCUAAAAUGAAUAAAGGCUUUGUUUCAGUAGAUGAUCAAUUACGGGUUCAAAUAGAACCCAUUCAAAAAACAAACCAAAGCAAUGCCGAUAUAAACAAAUCAAUUGAUACCCAAGUACAUGAUAACAUAUUUUGCAUCGGAGAUGCAAACGGUAAACAGAUGCUGGCACACACAGCCUCACAUCAAGCCUUAAGAGUAAUUGACUACAUAGAUAAAAAAGAAAACAAAAAAGAGAACAAAAAAGAAAUUAUAGAUUCAGUUGAAAACAUAUCCAAUAAACCUAUAAUAUAUAAAAAUAUACCAUCUGUUUGUUAUACUAAUCCAGAGUUAGCAUUUGUCGGAGUUUCUGAAAAAGAAGCAAAAAAAUUGUAUCCUGAUUCUGUAGAUGUAGAAAUAACUUAUUAUAAAUCAAACUCAAAAAUUUUAUGCGAAAAUAAUAUAUCAUUAAAUAGUAAUAAAAAUAAUUCAUAUAAUAAAGGGUCAUAUAAUUUUAAUGACAAUAGUAAUGGCAUGGUUAAAAUGAUUUAUAAUAAAAAUACAAAACAAUUACUUGGUGUUUUUAUAGUUGGUAAUUAUGCUUCUAUAUUAAUUCAUGAAGCUGUUUUAGCUAUCAAUCAUAAUUUAACUAUUUAUGAUUUAGCAUAUAUGGUUCAUUCUCAUCCAACUGUUAGCGAAGUUUUAGAUACAGCUUUCAAAUCAGCUUCAGGAAUCAGAACCCAUUAG